AAAGAAAAGAGUGAUGGCUAUAGGCAUUAUAGCUCAAAUAACAAUAACAUUCCUUACAAAUACAAAUAUAUGUUCCACCUUACAUAUGAUAUGAAAAUAUGAGUAAUAUUUGACAGGUCCCCACUGAUUCUGUUUUGACACCCACACCUAUUCUUCUUCCUUUCUCCAAAAGACACCAGUCAACCACAAAGUUAAACAAUAGAAACAAAACCCCCACACCACUUCCACUUGUUGCACAAUUUUUUUUGGCUCAAAAGACUUUUCAAUUGCAACAACAACAACUUAAUUUUCAAGUUUUUGCCAAUUUCACUUUGUCAAUUACACAAAUAUUUGAAACAUGAGAAUAUAAAAAAGGUACCAAUUUUUAAUUUCACCAUAUUCUCUCCUCUUUCCCAAGAUGGAAUUCAUGGAACCACAUAGAAAAAAACUAGGAGAUGCUUCAAACCACCAUCAAGACAACCAAGAAGAAACACCUUCUUCUUUACAAUUAAUUUCACCUCAUCAAAGUCAACGUGACCCUUCUACCCCUGGGUCCAACCAUCCCCAUGGCCCUUUCAUGGGCUCCAUUUCCAUGCAAUCAAUUUCUCCUACUUCCACCAAUUCCUCAACCCCUAACAACAACACUAUAUCUACUCUAAAGGUAGCUAAAAAACCUUCUAAAGACCGUCAUUCUAAGGUGGACGGUCGUGGGCGGCGCAUACGCAUGCCUGCUUUAUGCGCCGCCAGGGUUUUUCAACUCACUAGAGAAUUGGGUCAUAAAUCUGACGGAGAAACCAUUGAGUGGCUAUUGCAACAAGCGGAACCGGCAAUUAUUGCUACCACCGGAACUGGUACAAUUCCGGCUAAUUUCUCAACUCUUAACGUUUCUACACGUAGCAGCGGUACAACAAUUUCAGCUCCGCCGUCAAAAUCUGCACCUCUUUUCAUCCACGGCGCCUCCGCCUCCGCCUCAGCCGCUAUGUUAGGGUUCCACCACCAUCUAUCCACUGCCAACACCGGUUUUAUCCAAGACCCAGAUGAAAAUUACAUGAAAAAACGGUUCAGAGAAGAUACUACUACCAGUGGUGCUACCUCCCCUUCAGCUGAUAAACCCGGUUCAGAUUCUUCAAAACCCGGUUCGAGUUUAAUCCCGGGUCAAGCUAUGUGGGCGGUUGCACCAGCUGGUGGGAACGUUGGUAACGGGUUCUGGAUGUUACCAGUAAGUGGAGGCACCGGUUCAACGACGGUUUCAGUUGGAGCGGGUCAAUCGGACCACCAAUUGUGGCAGUACAAGAGUUCAAGAAUUGGUGGGUUGGAGUUUCCCGGUGGAGGACGGUUCAGUCCGGUUCAGUUAGGUUCAAUGGUUUUGCAGCAGUCACAUCCGGUUCAACAAUUGGGGUCAAAUAUGGGAAUGUUGAAUGCAUAUAAUAAUAAUAAUAACAGUAGAGUUGAUUUGGGUAUGAAUUUGGAGCAUCAUCAUAAUCAAACGCAGCAUCAAGAUAGUGAUAGUGGUGAUGAAAAUCACAAUGAUUCCCAAUCAUAGUUUACAAAUCUCGAUGCAAAAGUUACCAUUUUCUUGUGUUUGAUGAAUUUUUUAGUGUCAAGAUUGUGUUCAUUGUAAUUUUCAUUGCAAGUGUUUUUUUAUUUGGAUUGAAGGAUUUUGCCUUUAUUAUAA